AAGAGGGGGUGUGUUGAUCUUGAUGGCUCCUCUGAUGCAUUGCUGCUAUCUUAAAGCUCAGUUAAUAAGAAAAUAUCCAGAUUCGGCUAGAUCCCAGAAUUGUCAAUAGGAAAUUACUGGGAGCCUGCUGUACCAAAAGUAUAUUUAGCUAGGAAAAAACAGGAUUCAGGAGCUAUCUGGGAGAGAACACUUUGGGAAUUUGCCACAUUCAGGUUGAAUGACUGGAUCUCGCUGAGGUCUGCAGAUAGUGCCACCUUGUAAAUGGAAAAUGGGAGAGCUCACACCUUAACAGUCCUGUUCAUCCUCACAUGUGCACUGGGAUACGUAACCUUGCUUGAAGAAACUCCACAAGAUACAGCCUACAAUACAAAGAGAGGUAUUGUUGCCAGCAUUUUGGUUUUCUUAUGUUUUGGUGUCACUCAAGCUAAAGAUGGACCAUUUUCAAGACCUCAUCCAGCUUACUGGAGGUUUUGGCUCUGUGUCAGCGUUGUGUAUGAGCUCUUCCUCAUCUUUAUACUUUUUCAGACUGUACAUGAUGGCAGACAGUUCAUGAAAUAUAUCGAUCCAAAUUUAGGAGUUGCCUUGCCAGAAAGAGACUAUGGUGGAAACUGCCUUAUUUAUGAUCCAGGCAAUGAGACUGAUCCAUUUCACAAUGUCUGGGACAAACUGGAUGGAUUUGUUCCUGCUCACUUCCUUGGCUGGUACCUAAAAACACUAAUGAUUCGGGACUGGUGGAUGUGUAUGAUCAUCAGUGUAAUGUUUGAAUUUCUGGAGUAUAGUCUGGAACAUCAGCUUCCAAACUUCAGUGAAUGUUGGUGGGAUCAUUGGAUAAUGGACGUAAUCCUAUGCAAUGGAUUUGGGAUUUAUUGUGGAAUGAAGACUUUGGGAUGGCUUUCUUUGAAAACAUAUAAAUGGCAAGGACUUUGGAACAUUCCUACCUACAAAGGUAAAAUAAAGAGAAUCGCUUUCCAGUUCACACCCUAUAGCUGGGUCAAAUUCGAGUGGAAGCCAGCAUCCAGCCUGCGCAGAUGGCUAGCAGUUUGUGGCAUCAUCUUUGUAUUUUUAUUGGCAGAGCUGAACACGUUUUAUUUAAAGUUUGUCCUGUGGAUGCCACCUGAACACUACUUGGUCCUGUUACGACUUGUCUUCUUUGUCAACGUGGGAGGUGUGGGCAUGAGGGAGAUCUACGACUUCAUGGAUGACCCUAAGUUCCAUAAGAAGUUGGGUCAACAGGCAUGGCUAGUUGCUACUAUCACAGUCACAGAGUUCCUGAUUGUUGUGAAGUAUGACCCCUACACCCUAACGCUGUCCCUUCCUUUCUACAUUACCCAGUGCUGGAUCCUGGGAAUCCUACUUGUGCUCACCUGGACAAUAUGGCGCUUUUUCAUUCGUGAUAUUACCUUGCGGUAUAAGGAGAUCAGACGACAAAAGCAAGAGCACAAAUAUGAAAAGGACAAAUGUGUAAGCAAUGGUGAUGGACAUUCUCCAGUACCAGAUGAACAAAAUGGGAACAAACUGAGGGAGAGAAAAUUUUUAAUCCCAGCAACAGACUAAGUGCUAAAAGAAUAACCUGUAAAAAUCAGCUUGUUUGAGUUGCCUGUCAACCUUAUUCUACCGAAAAAGCUUCCAUUGUUUACCCAAAUCUGAAAAUCUUCUGGGGAAAGAUGUCACCAAGGAGAAAGGUGGAGAAAGACUACAAUUGACAGAAGUCAGAACCUACACUACUGAAAAAGAAGGGAUCUUUGCAUGUGUGUUAUGAAUGUGUCUCUUCCUUGCAAAAUCAAGGAUUUAGAGGAGUUUUAAAACUAAAUGCAAAGGGAAUCCAGUGAUCCUAUUUCCAAUGCUUCAUGAUAUUUCAGUUUUAACACUGGUUUGUGGGGCAUGAGGAACACUCAUUGCGUGGACUAAAUAUACAUGGCACUGAACAGUUUUGUAUUUCUGCUGAAACUACCUUGAGCUGUGAAGUAAUUAUGUAACAUUGGUUUCAUCCACCUAUUAGUAAAAGUUUAGGGACAGCAGCAAGAUGAACUUGGUGAUGUGACUGGAGUGUGUGAACAAAUUGCAUAACUUGCACAGCAUAUAUUCAGUAUACCAUUGUUACAGCCCCUGUAAUGCUGGGGUUUGCUGCCUUUCUCAAAGCUAAUUUGCAUUACCAUGAUGCAACCUAUGACUGUUUUGUACUACAUCAUAGCACUGAUUAUAUAGAAAACCCCUCCUGCUGGUUCUUUUUUAUCCAGGUCAUCUCUCAACAUAAUCGAAGUUUAGAUCAGAAUGUUAACCUCCUUUCGUUACCUAAUGGAGUAAAGUGUAUUACAAACAGAAAACUUAAUUCCAUCAAGGUCUUAAGUUACCUGCAUUAUUUUUCAGAGCUUGCCAAGAGAGCUGCACUCUUGGUUUCCGCUGUGAAGGCAGGUAAAGUUCUGCCAUCUUUCAGAGCUGUCCUGUUCCUUCCAGUUCUAAGGGUGAUGGUCUAGUAACUGUAAGUGGACUGGGAAAUGUGCAUUCUGCAAACCACUUGCACAAUAAACGACACCAAACAUUUGCUGUCCUAACUGACAAAAGAAUCAGGCUACCUUGAUCACUUGUGGCCCUUUCCUGAGUGAUGGUGCUGCAUAUACCUACUGUUGCCAGCAAUACUAUGUCUCAGAACAGAAUUGGAAAAUUGGUGUUCAUUUCUAAUGUGGCUGCUCCUAAAAUGUAUUAAUCACAGUACAACAUCAGUUUGUCCCUUAUUGUCCUGGACACAGGCCUCUAAUGUAACUGAGAACUUUAACCACAUCAUUUUUACUCUAAAAAUAUAGCCGCUUACUAAUCAUAUUAAACACUACUUUUAAGAGAAGCUUAUUUAUCAAGAAAAUAAUAUAAAUACAAAAACAGAGUGAAAAGUCUGAAUUUAAACAGCUUUGCUCUCAAACUUUCAAUGGUAGCUGAAGACGCUCAAGCUAAAGCUUCUGUCUGCAGCGAAGCACAAAUCUUGGACCCAUUUUGGGCUCAUACUUGAAUGACAAGCAAAAUGUGUCUCUCCCAUGUUGAUGGUAAUAUACUUUUAAACACUGCGCAGAGUAGAAUCUACUUGGAAAAUUCUCCAGUGUGUGCACCUAAAAAGUGCAACAAAUGAAACAGAAUCUACGGGCAAAGGAGGCAGGGUCGGUGGAAUACAGAGACUGCCCUUCAUGAUGGUGAGCAGUACAUUGAGGGGAGGUUGAUCAGUAUGAGGGGUCAGAUGAGGCUUCUUCCUUGAUUGUGCAUAAUGUACUGUUGUGAGCCCUUUCUCAGCUGCUGUCAAACUCUAGGAUUUAUCUGCUGUCAUGUGAUGAAUGCUAUGGCUGUGUAACUAGAUGUUAACAGAUUCUUAAAUGGAUAAAUGCUGAGUUGAGCAGAUCAUGUAUUUGUAAAACUUUUUCCACCCCGAGUAAUAUUUUUACACAUUCAAAUGUAUCCAUACCAGUCUUAACAGCUAACUGACUUUUAGUGGGUAAUAUUAGUGUACAUGUGGUAGUGUGGUCCUAGGUGUGCCAGGCUCAGAUGUGUAUCUUUUCAUUCAGUGUUUGUGCUUGGUCACACCAUUGUCCCUUUUCUAACUUGUCUUUGAGUGCAUAAACAUUCCUGUUUCCUUUUCAUGAUUCUGGCAGGUGGAGUGGGGUGAAGUUGGCAUUUUAUUCUUUUUUUCCCCAAGGACUUUGAUAUGCAAAGUUGAAGGAAUUAUGGAAAAUACCCACUUCCUAAUUCUGAAGCUGGUGUACUAGUCAAAACAUUAAUUGGUGUCUAUCUACGUUAACUUAAACGUAGAGCUUUUAAAGUUACAGGCUGGAUAACUGAACAAAUAAAAUGUUUGCUGGUGUAUUCUUGGUA